GUCCCAGUGUUACAGAGCUCGGCGAGCAACACCAGUCUAACAAUGUUUUGCGGUAGCUAUAUUCAAGGUACAAUAGUACCAAAUCCAAACUGUAAUCCCAUGAUGGAUGCCCAAAUGAUUGGAGGAGCUCUUCAAGGAUUUGAAUGCGACAAGGAUGUUCUGAUUGAUAUUCUGACUCAACGCAGCAAUGCACAAAGGAUUAUGAUUGCUGAGGCCUAUGGGAAUAUGUAUGGCACGGAUUUGCUUGGAGUUCUAAAAGAUAACCUUGAUGGCCAUUUCAAAGAAGUGAUAACUGGCUUGAUGUAUGCUCCUCCAUGCUUUGACGCCCAUGAUCUUUGGCAUGCUAUGAAGGGACCAGGAACAGAUGAAAACUGCCUAAUUGACAUCUUAGCUUUGCGAUCAAGUGCUGAAAUAUUUCAGAUUAAAGAAGCCUACGUACUACAAUACAAUAACAACCUUGAUCAGGACAUUUAUUCGGAGACCUCGGGCCAUUUCAGAGAUGCCUUAAUGAACCUGGUGCAGGGAGUGAGAGAGGAAGGCUAUGCGGACCCUGCUAUGGCUGCUCAGGAUGCAAUGGUGCUCUGGGAGGCUUGCCAAAGGAGAACGGGGGAGCACAAAAAUAUGUUGCAGAUGAUCUUAUGUAACAAAAGCUACCAGCAAUUGUGGUUGGUAUUCCAAGAAUUUCAAACUAUAUCUGGACAAGACAUUGCUGCAGCAAUUAGUGAAUGUUUCGAUGGGUACUUCCAACAACUCCUUCUGGCAAUUGUUUCCGCUGCGCGUGACAGGCCGGCAUAUUAUGCAUACAGACUUUACAAUGCAAUUCAUGAUUUUGGCUUUCACAAUAAAACUAUUAUAAGGAUACUUAUAUCAAGAAGCGAAAUUGACCUGACGAAUAUAAGACAGAAAUAUAAAGAAACAUAUGGAAAAUCUCUUUUUCAUGACAUAAAGCAUUUUGCAUCAGGACACUAUGAAAAAGCUUUAUUGGCCAUUUGUGCUGGUGACACGCAAGAUUAUUGAAGGACAAGAGAAAUCACUAAGAAAUACAAAACAAAUCACUAACUAAAGGGACAAAAUGUGGCUCAAUGUUUUUCCACGUUCAUCAACACUAAUCAGGAAUGCCAUAAUUACAGCACUGUUCGUUUCAUUAAUAUUUAAUAAACUGCUUUCAAAAUAGAA